AUGCACUCUCCCAAGAAAAAAAAAUAUCAAUAGACACCAAACUGAGCAUGUGCAGAGUGACUCCACACAACAUGUCUUAUCAGGAGAUAAGAGGGGGGCACAGGAAGAAGGGGAGGAUCAGAGAAGUCAGGAUCAAAUGGCAUUUUUACAUAAUUCAGAGGAUUAACCCCUUAGGUUAAACAGUGAGUAUAUCAAGCAUGCUUUACUGCCAGGGGCGGACUGAGAACUCAUGGGGCCCCCAGGCAAUAGGGGAUCAUGGGGCCCCUGUGUCCUUGCCCACACUCAAA